GCGGCGGACGGACGGAUGGACGAAGCCCUUCCUCCUCCGCUUCCGGAGCGCGCCGUUCUGCGCCGACUCGGAGCGUUUCCGCCCGGGGGACGCGUGAGCGCACGGACCUUCCGCCCCGCCACCGCCGCUAUGGCAGCCGGGCUGCUGUUGCUGCGGGUCUCCCGGCGGCUGCUGGCCGCGGCCGGGACGGGGCGGCUCGUUCCGGGCUCCGCGCCGCGCCGCGAGAAGAAGCGGUGGCUCCGCGCCUACCUGGAGCAGCAGCGGCUGCAGGCGGCCCCGCGGCGGCGCUCGGAGCAGCCCGGCUGGGAUUACCACGCGGAGAUCCAGGCGUUCGGCCACCGCCUGCAGGAAAACUUCUCGUUAGAUCUCCUCAAAACCGCCUUCGUGAAUUCCUGUUACAUUAAAAGCGAGGAGGCGAAGCGCCGUGACCUCGGCGUAGACCAAGACGCCGUCGCCCUCAACCUCCGAGACAACGCGGAGCUUUCCGCCCGAGGGAUGUCCUUUUCGCACUCCUACCUGACAAGCAGCUUCCAGGCCGCCUACCCCCACCUGCCCGCCCCAGGGGUGGCGGCGCUUGUCGCCUUCCUGACCGGGCGGCAGCUCGUGUCCCACGUGGCGCGCAACCUGGCGCUGCCCGACCUGGCGCUCUGCGCGCAAUUCCCCGCGCCGCCGGCCGUGCUGCACGCCACAUUCUUCGCGGUGGUGGGAGCGCUGCUGGGUAGCAGCGGGCCUGAGAGAGCCGGGCUGUUCGUCAGGGAUUUUUUAAUUCCCCAACUGAUUGGAAAAGACCUGUUUGAGAUCUGGGAAGUCGUAAAUCCUAUGGGCUUGCUGGUGGAAGAGUUGGCCAAGAGAAAUAUCUCUGCUCCAGAACCAAGAAUUACCAGGCAGCUGGGGGUCAACACAGUUCUGCCACUGUACUUCAUUGGGCUGUACUGUGAUAAGAAGAUAAUAGCUGAAGGGCCUGGGGAAACACUACUUGCUGCAGAGGAAGAAGCUGCCCGCGUGGCGCUGCGGAAGCUGUAUGGGUAUACUGAGAACAGGAGACCGUGGGAUUACUCAAAACCCAAAGAGGGAUGGACAGCUGAAAAGGCCAUCAGCAGUAACUAGAUAAUAAAAGCUAUGUCCAGUUUCUCUCAAGAAUGAAUGGCUUCCAUGCCGAACAUAGACACCUUUAGGAGAGCAAAGUUCAGUUUGAUUUUCUGAUCUGAAGUUCUUGGAAUUUUCAAAUUAAAUAUGGUUAUAAAAUAAAUGAAGUCUUUUGUAUAGUGUUUAAUGUCCAGGCAUUUUCCUAAUCAGUGAAAGUUCUUUUUUCUUCCUGAAUUUAUGUAUUUUGGCUGAGAAGUUUUUCCAUAAAUCACCAGAGAUGGUUCUUAAUGAUGCUUAAUAGCGUGUGUCAAAAUCCAUAGAAAAAAGUUUCUUGAGUGCUUCCUUGGGGCUGGUUUUGAGGGUAUUGUUAAUAAGAUGAGUAGAAUUUAAUAUGCAGCGUUGGUCUGUGAGUUGCAUCUGGAUCCAUUUGUCCUUGACCUGAUGAAAACAGAAUGUGAUGUCAAUGGUAUUGACGCUGGUGGUGAUCCAAUUCAAGAGGAAAGUAAAUGGCAGUUAGAGAUUUUA